CUUCACCUUCACCUUGACGUCGACUUGCCUACCCUCCUCCAUCGCUCGCGCUUUUUAUCGAACCCCGCUUAACCGUUCUGUCCUCCGCAGUCGCCACCAUGGCCGACGCUCUGUCCAUCGAACAGAACAACAAAAUCCGGGUGGCCCUGGGGUUAAAACCCCUCCCGGUGCCGGGCGCCGACGCCGGGCUGGCGUUCCAGGAAUCCGACUCGGACGACGACUCGAGCGGCGCGUCCGGCGAUGACGAGCCCGGCAGCACGCUAGAGUCGCGGGAGGCGGCGGCCUCGUCGAACUGGAAGAAGAUGCAGGACGACGCCGAAGCGAAACGGAAGCGCGAGGAGCGCAAUGCCGCCAUCAAGCGAGCGCGCGAGCAGGCGCAGAGGGACGCGAAGCUGCAGGGCUCCACGCUGGGAGAGUCGAGCGAUAUGCAGGUGGACACGAAGACGUUUUUGCAGCAGGCGAAGAAGAAGCAGAAGAAGAUCGAGAAGGAGCGGGCGCGCAAGCUGGCUGAGGAGCUGGAGGAGCGCGAGCGUGCGGCGGAGUACUCGUCUGCCGACCUGGCUGGUCUCAAGGUGGGACAUGGUGUGGGGGAUUUUGAAGGCGGAGAGGAGCAUAUUCUUACGCUAAAGGAUACGACGGUGGAUGAGAAUGAAGAGGAAGGCGAUGAGUUGGAGAACUUCGAACUGAAGGAGAAGGAUAAGACGGCAGAGAAGCUGGAGUUGAAGAAGCGCAAACCGGUCUACGAUCCUACCGAGGAGAACUCCGGAAUUCUGGCACAAUAUGACGAGGAAAUCGAUGGCAAGAAGCGCAAGCGGUUCACCCUUGAUGCCAAGGGCUCGACUGAGGAGGAGCGCGAGGCCAAGCGCCAGGAGGUAUCCGAUAAGUUGAAGAAGAAUGUCAUCAGCCUUGACUUCGACGCCGAAACGCCGAAGUCUGAUUACAUGGACGUGAGCGAGAUCAAGGUCAAGAAACCCAAGAAGAAGAAGGCCAAGGCCACCAAGCAACGAGCUGUUCUGGACGAAGACGAUAUAUUCCCUACGAGCGAGUCGACAGGGACGCCGAAUGGUGCUUCUAUGGAUGUCGACACGAGUAAUGGCCAGCCAGUCCCCGCCCCGGCACCCCGGAAGCCCGCCAGGGAGGAUGUGUCGUUUGUGGAUGACGACGACCUACAAGCCUCUCUCACGCGCCAGCGACGAGCUGCCUUCAAAAAGCGACAGAAAAUGCGUCCCGAGGAUCUUGCCCGACAACUGAGAGAAGAAGAAUCACAGACCCCGAUGGAAGUGGAGACACCCGCCGACAAUGAGGAAGAGCCUGGAUUGGUCAUCGACGAGACUACCGAGUUUGUGUCCAAUCUGCAGAAGCCUACGCUGCCCGAACGACGCGAAAGGGCAACCACAACACCGGGCGACGAGCCCCGGGCUACUUCGGAAGAACCGGCUGUCAAGGAAGAGCCGGAAGACGAGGUGGGCGACGUGGAAAUGGGGACAUACAACGAUAUCGAGGACGAGGAAGAUCUGAAAGAACGCAUCAAGCGCGAUGAAUCCCAGGCCAACCAGCAGAUCAGCGGGACUGGACUGGACGAAGAAGCUACACUCGAUUCCGGCCUGGGCGCGACGCUGUCCAUGCUCAAGCAGCGAGGCCUGGUCAAGUCGUCCGAUGCGGCGGAUCACACAUCGCUUAUUCGCGAUCGCCAACGCUUCCUGAGCGAAAAGACGCGUAUGGAGACCGAUGCCGAGAAGCGUGCCCGCCAGCAGCGUGAGCGUGACCGAGCCUCCGGCAAACUGGACCGCAUGUCGGCUCGCGAGCGGGAAGAAUACGCACGAUGGGAGAACAAGCAGCGUGACCAGCAGGAUGCUCGUCAUAUGGCGGAGGUCUUCAACCGGGAGUACAAGCCCGACGUGCAGCUCAAGUACACGGACGAGUACGGGCGAGCGAUGAACCAGAAGGAGGCAUUCAAGCACCUGAGUCACCAGUUCCACGGCAAGGGCAGCGGCAAGAUGAAGACGGAGAAGCGACUGAAGAAGAUCGAGGAAGAGCAGAAGCGCGAGGCGAUGAGUGCGUUGGACAGCAGUCAGCACACGGGUAUGAACAACGCCAUGGGAGCGACGGCGCGAAAGAACCGCCAGGCCGGUGUGCGACUGGGAUAAGAAUUAAUGACCACGCGAUGCAUGGCGGUCAUAGUCCGGUCCUUGCUUGCAUGUAGUUUUAAUGAGCAUCGUUCUUCGUUUUGUACAGGAUGCAGUAUACCAAUACACUGAUUUGGGAC